AAUUAAAUAUUAAUCAUAGGCCAUUGUAUAUUUCGGUUUUCGUAAUUUGCUUCGAUUACUUAUAUGUAUUUAUAUUUGCUCAAUAUUUUAUAUUUGUGCAAAUUGCUUUCUUAACGUAUCCUAUAACAAUAUUGCUCAAGUAUUAGGGUUCGUCAUUGCUACUUAGUUUCGAAUUGGUUGUGGGCAGUGUGCGUAAUUGAUGGGAGGAUAAAUUAUUAUUAAUUAAACAAAUAUGAUAGAAACAUCAUUGUACUAUUCCAAUUAAGAUUCAUUGAUGAAUGUGUAGAAGCAUAAAAUCGAUUUAAUAUGAAAAUACGAGUUGGACUAUUGUUCCUUUUCCUAACGUGUGCUAAAACAACGGAAGAUGUUUACAAUAGAGCAAACAGCGAUGCCAAUUUAGAUAAUGUGUAUAGAUAUUGGCCUUCUAGUCGGUAUAAUGCAAAAGUAAUGCAAUUUCGUAAACGAGAAGCCGAUUCAUUGCCAAAACAAAUUAAUGACAAUCCUGAUACAAAAUCAUCUACAGUGAAUAUAGAUGCAGCCCAGCACGUCGAUGGAUCUAAUACCCAACCACAAAAUGAUGUCCCCAAUAAGGAAAUUGCAGCUAAUAAUGAGGGUAUACCUCCACACGAUGGACUAAGUGAAGGUGGAAUUGGUAAAUUAAAUGUUAAUCCUUUGCCACCAUCACCUGCUCAAGCUGACACAAAAAUACAGAGCAAUAGUAGUGUAUUGGACAGUCCUAAAGGUAAUAUCACAAAGUUAAACGAGACACUUGUAAAGACAAAUGCAACUGUUGCGAAUAAAACUACAGCUGUAACAUCUACAGAAGCUGAGAGUAGUCUUGAUCUUAACAAUCCUGGUGUUGUUAAAAGAGGUCUCAUUGUUUUUGGUGGAUUUAGUCUCCUGGCUGUUGCAUACUUCAUAUUUUACAGGAAAAAGAAUCAAAAAUAUGAUAGUGGCAAUGCACACAAUACAAAUGAUGCUAAUCAAUUCAGAUAUGGUGUCCUCCAGUCGGAUGACCGAAGAGACAAUCUUGAACUAUCUCGAAUACCACUAACAAUGGAAUCUGAUGAAGACGAGGAUGAAGAUUUGGAAAUAUUUGACUUAGAACAAAAGAAGAAAUCUCUCUCGUAUGUUAAUCUUCAAACUAACGAUGAAGACAUUGUCUUGCAUAGUUCUAAGGAUGAAUCAAAGAAUAAUCUGUUGUUAGAUAUAGAGGAUGGACCGUCUGAUACUUUAAUUAAUUGGUCUAGUAAUGGUAACAAAUCAAUAUUAUAAUUAUAAGUUGCCUGUGUUUGUACAAAGAAUACCUGUGUUAAGAAAUAACAUC